UACUUGUUUUGUUUGGUUAUGGCAAUCUUAACCUACACGUUUUCUUGAAAAACUUUUUCAGGAAUUUUUGUUUGAUGAACGAAUUAAUUAGUGAAAAUGAGAAAAUCUUCUACAGUGCACAACAUUAGGUUUUAUGAACCUAAACCGGCCACAAUAUGUUGCAUGAGUCUUAACCAACAUAGUCAAAAAUUAGCAGUAGCAAGGAUGGAUGGAAGCAUCGAGAUAUGGAACGUGAAACAUUCUCCCUUUAUUGAGAAGACUCUAGCCUCAAACACAGAAAAUUAUAGCAUCGAUGAGUUAGCAUGGUUUCACGACAGACUCUUCUCUAUAGGGUUACAUGGAUUCAUAAUUGAAUACGAUCUUUUCAAAUGUACUAUUUUACGUAAAUCUAUAGUAACUGGAGAGGCUGCAUAUUGCUUAGACAUACAUGAAGGUAGAAAACAAAUUGCAGUUGGUACGGAACAAGGAUAUCUGAAUAUUUUCGAUAUUAAGGAUGAUUCAAUAAUGUACAACAAAUUUUUCGACAAACAGGAAGGACGAAUAUUAUGUCUGAAAUUUCAUUCUAGUGGUUCUUACGUAGCAUCUGGGGGUCUAGAUGCUAUAAGAAUUUGGGAUGUUGAAACAGGUCAUGCACUUCAUAGAAUGACGACUGGAAGAGCAGAAGCUGAAAAACCCACUAUAGUAUGGUGUUUAGCUUUUACUGACAAUUUGACUGUGAUAAGUGGUGACUCUAGAGGAAAGUUGACUUUUUGGGAUGGUAAAGUGGGAGCCCAAUUGGAAAGUUAUGAAUCGCAUAAGGCAGAUAUACUUUCUUUAUGCAUAUCUAAGGAUGAGUCAAACUUAUAUUGUUCAGGAAUUGACCCUAACAUACAUAAUUUUGUGAAAAUCCAAACCAAAGGAGGAAAAGAACAAUGGAUCCGAAGUAUGCAUAGAAAAUUCCAGGACCACGAUGUUAGGUCCCUUGUUUUGAAUGAUAAUAAACUGUUUUCUGGUGGAAGUAACGCAUAUAUAACGAUGAGCUGUGAACAACCGAGAAAGUCUGUACAAUUUCCUCCCAUAUUACAAAAUCCAGUGAUUACUCUGUGUAAAGAAGCUCGUGUCAUAUUGCUCAGAUAUCCAAAGCAUUUAGAAGUUUGGACAUUGGCCAGAUGUAAUAAACUCACCAUUAAAAGCAAACCAAAAAAAAUCAUGACUCUCCAGAGGUUGGUGAAAAAUCACGAGAAGGUUGAAGUGAAAGAAGGUAUUAUCUUUGCUACUAUGUCGAAUGAUAGUAUGUGGAUAGCUUAUGGAACACGACUUGGACUGAGGGUUUUCCAAUUAAUCAAUGUAGAGGGAGAGGAUCCUACGUUAUUGAGGGUAGAAAACAUCGAUGGUACAAACAGUAUACAUCUCAAUGGCGUUUUUACCCCUGAUAACACCCAGCUCAUCACAGCGUGCCGUGGCGAAAACAUAGUUGUUUUUGAUAUUUCUAAUGAUUGUGUUUCUGUUUCACAAAGAUUGGAGGGCAAAGAACUGACAGAUACAAUAACUAUUUUGAAAGUAUCUGAUGAUGGAAAGUACUUAGUAGCUGCAGACACAGCUAGUAAUAUUGUCAUAUGGAAGAAGGAAAAACGAGGUUCUUGGACAUACUUUUGUAAAUUACCAACAUAUCAUUGUGCCCCAGUUUGUAUGGAUAUUCACCCAGUCAAAGAGAAUAUUAUAAUAUCGUAUGCUGACAAUAAGAUAAUUGAGUACAGCAUAAAUGAAAGGGAAUUCACUAAAUUGUCAAAGAAUCUGCCAUAUUGUUUGCCCGAAGGCUGGUCCUCUAGAUUUUACUCCAUCAGAAAUAUAUUCUAUAAUGUGCCUACAGACAAAAUUGUACUUCAUGAUGACAACAGUAUAAUGGUGAUUGAGGCUAAAGAGGCUAAUUCGAAGAAGGCAUCGAAGAAAAAGAAACUAGACAUUGGAGAGGAGCUUUACAAUUUGAAAGUAGUCAAAAAAUCUAGGCAUCUGAUUUAUGUGGGCAUGCUUUCCGACAAUGAAGUCGUAGCUGUAGAAGUGGAUCCUAUGAAAAUACAAGAACAUCUGCCGCCUGUUUUUGCAAUGAAUAAAUUCGGCACGAAAUAAUGGACAUGAUUCGUUUAUGUUGAUUCCGGAGGAAGAAUUUUUUAUAAUAAAUGUACAGAUUGUU